CAGCACAUAAAGAGCAAACACAGCUGUGAAUGAACUCAGUUCUUCUCAGCUCCACUUCAGUCAAGAAUGAUGAAGGUUCUCCUGUUGGCUCUUGUUCUCGCUCUUGUGUUUGCUGAUGGCUCUGCCCUGAAAUGCUACAACUGUGUCCCGAGCGUCCCUGGGGGAUCCUGUGUGACCAAAGAGGAGACGUGUGGAUAUAAGAAAGACACUUGUGUGUCUGCCAGAUUCACCAGUCCUCCCUUUGGCUACUUCCGGAGGUGCAUUGGCAUGGCGGACUGCAUGAUUCUUCAGUCCAGUACCUCGAUUAAGGCCAAGUGCUGUCAGACUGACCUGUGUAAUACACCCAUCAUUUAAACCAAACAAAUAAACGUUCAAUAAUAAUGUUGGCUUUAAAGAGAUAAUUCACCCAAAACUGAAAAUUCUAUCAUCAUUUACUCACCCUUCACUUAUUCCAAUCCAGUUUGAGUUUUGGUUUUAAUGUUGAACAGAAAUGAAGAUAUUUUGAAGAAUGUUGGAAACCGGUGGUCAUUGACUUCUUUAGUAUUUGUUUUUCCUACUGUGGAUUUCGUUGGCUGUGUUUUAUUCAUCAGGAUAUCUUGUUUUGAGUUCAACAGAAGGUGUGCAUAAAUCAACCCAGGCUCAUUCUGAAAACGUACCCUUAUACACAUUUAUUGAGAGUGCCAAAUGCGUCUGAUGAGGUAUGUUUCUUUUUGCAGUUUUAGUUUUCGUGGAUCCACCAGAGGCCGCUGUGUGCGCUAUUUGAGAACUCAAAUUUCUCUCAUGAGUGCCAUUCGCGCCUGCUCUUCUUUCAAAAAUCCACCACAGUCCGCUGUUGACUGACAGACUGACCAACCGACUGAUACACCCACCAACCCGCUGCCCUAAACCCAACCUAUAGUGUUUUAAAAAGCACAAAUUGACCAGCGUCCACCCACCCACUUCGCUAAACUUAACCGACAGUGUUUCCAAAAGCAAUUCAGAA